AUGGCUAUGACGCAGCUUGCUCCUGUCUUGUAUAAACAACACGGUUAUCCGGAUCUUCACACUCGCUGAUCGGGACGCCGAAGACAACACACACUGCUGACUCUGCAUCAACUGGCUUCCCCCUUCUCGGGGAUUGGACUGUCUAGCUUACUCCAAAAGGUUAUGUUUCCUUUGCACGCUUAUAGGCCGCAAUGUCGGUAGCCCAAUAUACCCAGUUGACUUGUCCCUCAUUACCACCCACCUAAAAUGGCGCCGUCCUCAACUUAUGAAGCAGCAUGCCCCUAGCUAUCCCUUACCAGAGGCGUUGGUCGCACAACACCUUUGACUCAAGGAGCUGCAAUUCCACUUAAGGCUGCAUUGUUCAGACAACGGGCUUCCUACCCUCACCCCGAUAGCAAUAUAGAGAGCUGCACAACUACCCACCCGUACAAGCCGAGACCAACUCUUCACUACAACAAUCCCAUAACCAUGGCCUCACCCGCGCAAGCCAUCACGCUCGAAGAGCAUGCGAUAUUCCCAUCCCUCGAAAGCAACAACUUCUUCUACGACAACACAUGGAAGAUAUACCCCGAAUGUCGCAACCUCGCAAAGGACCACUCCAAAGCCCGCCUCGCCAACAUGGACGCCGGCAACGUCUCCUACCAGAUCCUCUCCCACCUGCCUGGCGGUAUCGCCUCAACAGACCCCGCCCGCUGCCACGCAGCCAACAACGAAAUGGCCGCCGCCAUAAAACAGCACCCAGACCGAUUCGGCGGCUUCGCAGCGCUCCCGAUGGCGUACCCCCUCGAAGCCGCCCAAGAACUCCGCCGCACCGUCACUGAUCUCGGCUUCCUCGGUGCCCUAAUCGACAAUCACCUCCCCGACGGAACAACCCACUACGACGACAAACGGUUCUGGCCCGUCUUCGCAGCCGCCGAAUCCCUCGAUGUCCCCCUCUACAUCCACCCUUCCACUCCAUCCCCGGAAUCCAUCCAAUCCCGCUUCUCCGGCAACUACCCCCUCCCUGCAGAACUGGGCCUCGCGUCCGCAGCCUGGGGCUGGCACGAGAACGUAGGUCUGCACAUCUUGAAACUCUACGCGGCAGGCGUCUUCGAGCAAUACCCUAAAUUAAAGAUCGUAAUCGGACACAUGGGCGAGCUGCUACCGAUCAUGUUGCAUCGGGUUGCGAGGUUGGGGUUUUUCAAGGAGUUGGCGGCCUCAAGACGCAAGGGGAUUAUGGAUGUUUGGAAUGAGAAUAUUUGGGUUACGACAAGUGGGGUGUUUAGUAUUGAGACGCUGAUGAUGCUGUUGCAGGUUACGAAGGUGGAGAGGGUGAUGUAUAGUGUGGAUUAUCCGUUUGAGGAUAAUGUUACGGGGAAGGAGUUCUUGAAGAAGGUGAGGGAGUCGGGGAGGUUGUCGGCUGAGGAGGUGGAUUUGAUUGAAUUUGGGAAUGCGAGGGAGUUCUUGAAACUGGGGAGUAGGGCGUUUCUUUGAAAGGGGAUAGAGACUUGGAUGGGUAGAUAUGCAAGAGUAGAAGAGAAAAGAGUUAUUAUGGUAUAGAACGAGACUCAUAUACUUUCUGGUGGUGAAAAUAGAGACACUGCGAUUCAGCUGAUCAUGACCGGGCCCCCCACUUCUUUGAUACCAUAACGCACUCCGUCAUGGUCACACAGUACUCGUAUGCUCAACAUUAAUAACCGAUACCCCCGUCUCAUCUGCCUUCUCAGUCUCCACUGUUCCUCCCUUGGCAGCCACAUCCUCAGGAAGCAUUCCCAGGGCCCGACCACCAAAGAGUAGAUCGAUCUCUUCGAGUGAUUUUUGAUUUGUCUCUUUAAAGAAGAAGUAGACGGUUGGGAGGGUGAUGCAUACGUCUGUUUUCGAUUCCGAUGAUUAGCAGGCAAGCAGUAAGUGAAAGGAAGGGAAAAGGAAAAAGCCAAAAUGGGAAAGGAGG